CCCUCCAUGGAAAGCUUGCUCCCGUCUGUCCUCCACGUCUAGGGCGGGUGACCGGGGCCUUCAGGAAAAAGGAGGGAACUGGACCCUCGCUGGGAUUCGGAUCCCUGGAAAAGAGGAUGGAGACUUCUCUGGGGGACGGGAAAGCUGAGGAGCCUCCCAGCUUCUUGCGGUUCACUGACUUGGCAUCUGAAAAUGUAGGAGGAAAGGUUUUAUUUGCAACAGAUGACUUCUUUGCUCCUGCAGAAAACCUUUUAAAGAGUCGGGGUCCAGAAUUUAAAGCUGAUGAAUUUACUGAGUUUGGAAAAUGGAUGGACGGGUGGGAGACCAGGAGGAAGAGGAUUCCAGGCCACGACUGGUGUCUCAUCCAGCUGGGAAUCCCAGGGAUUAUUCACGGUUUCGAAGCCGACACCGCUUUCUUCACCGGAAACUACGCUCCUCACUUAUCGGUUCAGGCCGCCUGUUUACGACCGGAGGAAAUUCCUGAAAUAGCCCCAAGAGGGAUCGAGAUCGGAACGGCAGCUACAAACGAGGAGCUGGAAAGCAUCGAGAGGUUGAAGUCGGACAACUGGAGACUUUUGGUUCCCAUGGCGAAACUCAAACCCGGAUAUGUUGGCAAGAGUCAAAAUUAUUUCCCUGUAAAUUCUCAGCAGCGAUGGACUCACCUCAGACUCAACAUCUAUCCAGAUGGCGGGAUAGCACGUUUCAAAGUAUACGGUUUUGGGCAAAGAGAUUGGGCCACCGUGGAGCCAAAUGAAUUAUAUGACUUAGUGGCCAUGGAGAACGGAGGAGCCUGCGUUGGAUUUAGCAAUGCUCAUUUUGGCCACCCGAAGAAUAUUAUAGGAGUUGGGAGGUCUAAAUCCAUGGCAGAUGGCUGGGAGACAGCGAGAAGACUGGACAGGCCGCCGAUACUGAAAAGAGACGGCGAGGGUGCCCUUCUGAUGCCGGGUAGCGAAUGGUCCAUUUUUCGACUGGCACAUCCCGGUAUAAUAACUCAAAUAGAAAUCGACACAAAUCAUUUUAAAGGGAAUUUUCCAGACACCUGCAGACUUGAUGGCUGCGUCCUGAACGCCCAGGAGGAAGAAGAUGGAGUUGUACGGAGGUGGGAGGUGAAGCGGAAUCUGAAUUGGCAGCCUCUGCUUUCCGUUACCAAACUUUCGGCCCACAAGCGGCAUUUCUUCGACGGCAGGAGCCUCCGGCUGCGGGACGUCAUCACCCACGUGAAACUCACUAUCGCUCCAGACGGAGGAGUGAGUAGGCUGCGGCUCUGGGGCUUCACACGACCUCUCCUGCCUGCGGACCAGUGAAACGGUCACCUUUUCCAGAAGAGUCUCGGUCAAAAAACCAGAAAACUGGCCUUUCCUUAAGCCGCUACCCUGUGCUCAACUCUGGGCUAGUUUAGACGUAGUCCCUGUUCCGUACGGGGUUCCCUGUUGAGAGAAUAGGUCUCUCAUCUCCAUUUCACAGAUGAGGAACCUGAAAAACGAGGUCAAGGACUUUGACCUUGUGACUCCUUGACCCGCCUUCUUUCCACUAGACCCCAACGCUUAGAACAGUGCUUGACACAUAGUAAGUGCUUAACAAAUACCAUACAUGAUAAUAGACUACAUUUACUCUGCCUUUCAAUCGCAUUAAAGAGGAUAAGUUAAUUGAGGCCAAGUCUUCACUCUAUCUGGAUCGUUCAGACCUAAUCAGUUAUUUGGAUUUUCAGGCAAGAGUGUAUUUUUUUUUUCCCUUUUCUUUGCUAAUUUUUUUUUUGGUUUGAAUGAUUUGGUUCAGCACCUCGAUUCUCCACUUCAUAAGUGCAGACUGUAAACUCCUCUGUGGUCAGAGAUCAUGUCUACUAACUCUGUACCGGACUUUUUCAAGCGCUUAAUUUCAACGCUCUAUACACCGUAAGUACUCAAUAAAUACCGUUGAUUGAAUAAUGCAGAUUAAGUACAUUCCUUCUGGGGAAAAUUCUGAACCCUAAGCUGUUUUGAAACUGAAUAAAGAUUAAUUUUUGAAUCCAGAUAAUAA